AUGUCCACCUUGGCCGCCGCCUCCAUCACCGCCGCGUGGACCACCCUAUCCUCCGUCAAUCCCCGCCGAUCGUCUUCUACGGUCAGUUUACCAUCGUCCCUCCGCCGGUCCCUUCCCAGCAGGCUCUUAUCAUCGUCACCCUCGCGCUCUCAGCUCGUGCCGGUCUCCUCCAUGGACUCUCCCGCCUCCGCCGCCUCCGCCUGCGAGACGGCGUCCAGGAAGAAACUCAUCAUAUUCGACGCGGAGGAGGACCUCGCGGCGUCGCUGUCCAAGCACACGGCGGAGCUGUCGGCGAAGUUUGCGGCGGAGAGGGGCGCCUUCACCGUCGUGCUCUCCGGCGGCUCCCUCGUCAAGUCCCUCAGGAAACUUGCUGAGCCGCCGUACCUGGAGGCGGUGGAUUGGAGUAAAUGGCAUGUGUUCUGGGUGGAUGAAAGGGUGGUGCCCAAGGAUCACGCGGAUAGCAACUACAAGCUCGCCUCAGAUGAGUUCCUCUCUAAGGUGCCGAUUCCUGCUGACCAAGUUCAUGCCAUAAAUGAUGCACUGUCAUCCGAGGGUGCUGCAGAGGACUAUGAAACUCGUUUAAAGCAACUUGUCAAGGAUGGUGUGAUUGAAAUGUCACCGGUGUCCGGGUUCCCCAAUUUCGACCUUAUGCUUAUGGGUAUGGGGCCUGAUGGCCACAUUGCUUCACUCUUCCCUGGCCACCCUGUUGUCCAUGAAAACGAGAAGCGGGUCACCUUUGUCAAGGAUUCUCCGAAGCCACCGCCAGAGAGAAUAACCUUCACUUUCCCAGUGAUAAAUUCGUCCGCACACAUCGCACUUGUGGUCACCGGUGCCGGCAAAGCUGGUGCUAUUCAUAAAGCACUUUCAGAAGGGCAAAAUACAUCUGAUUUGCUGCCUGUUGAGAUGGUGUCCCUUCAGGAUGGGGAGCUCACUUGGUUCACUGACAAGCCAGCGGUGUCAAUGUUGUCGAGCAUUUGA